AUGACUCUUUCGCCAAAGAUACCGCAUCUCCGCAAAGUCGGCAACACCCAACAGUUGGUGGCCAAGGGCCGUCCGUUUCUUGUUCUUGCUGCAGAAUUGCAGAAUUCGUCCAUGACCUCUGGGGAAUACAUGGAUACCGCGUGGCAGAAGCUGGUCGACACCAACAUCAAUACAGUCCUGGGAUGCGUCACCUGGGAAGACAUCGAACCGGUGGAAGAUCAGUUUAACUUUGUCGAAUUAGACAAAGCCAUUCUGGGCGCGAGAAAACACGGUCUUCAUCUCGUGCUUCUGUGGUUUGGUUCCUUCAAGAACGGUCUUUCGACCUACGUCCCACCUUGGAUCAAGACAGACACAAAGCGAUUCCCCCGAGCGAAGUUGAGAAAAGCCGGGGGCGUCGUGGAGACAGCCGAGGUGCUGUCUAUUUUCCAUGGAGAAGGAUGCAGAGCCGAUGCAAAGGCAUUCGCUCGGCUUCUACAACACGUCAAGGAGAUCGACGGCGAGCAUUCGACUGUUGUCAUGGUGCAAGUCGAGAAUGAAACGGGGCUGCUGGGCGACUCUCGAGAUGGAUCGGCUGCCGCCGAGAAGCGUUUCAGAGAGCCCGUUCCCCAGGAACUACUGCAUUUCCUGGCGGGAGACUGGAGCAACCUCAAUACCGAUAUCAAGGAAAACCUGGCCCACUUCAAAGAACAGAGCAGCCCGCAAGGGGCAUGGGACCAGGUCUUUGGCAAAGGCCCCCACACCGACGAGUUGUUUAUGGCCUAUCACUACGCCCGAUACCUCGACCAUGUCGCCGCCGCAGCGGGCAAGAAAGAAUACUCGAUUCCCCUGUACACGAACGUCUGGCAGAACUAUGUGGAUCCAGACAGCGACAAUAACUUCCCCAUAGUCGCUGGUGGCGGCGGCCAUCCCGGCGACUACCCGUCGGGAGGCAGCACGUCGAACGUUCUCGACAUCUGGCAGAAGUUUGCUCCCUCUCUUUCUUUCAUUGCACCUGACGUCUACCUCAAUGACUACGCUAGUUCAUGCCGCAAAUAUCGACACCGCAACCAGCCACUGUUCAUACCCGAACAGCGCCGUGACGACUAUGGUGCUCGGCGCAUAUGGACGGCCUUUGGCUCAUUUCAGGCCAUCGGCGUAUCACCUUUCGGGAUUGAUACCCUCGAGCCGGCGACUAACCCCUUCACGAAGCAUUAUGGACUCCUCAAAUCUGUUGCGCAGAUCGUUCUUGAUGCCCAAUCCCACCCGGACUCCUCGGUCGGGUUCUUCUUUGAUGAGAUCGCGGCUGACGGCACCGACUCGGCUAAGCCGUUCGUCAAAGAUUGGGCAGGCUACGAGAUCACAAUUGAGCGGUGCUUCGUCUUUGGCAGACCGGGACCUGGGGCAGGCAUGGUCAUCCAUCUAGGUGGACCCAAGUUCCUCUUGAUCGGUUGGGGCUUCCAGGUCCGCGCUCGGUCGCUGUCGCCCACCAGUCACUCCACUGGCAUUCUGCGCUUCCAAGAGAAACUAGUGGUGAACGAAGAGACCGGGCAACUACGCACUCUUCGGAACCUGAACGGCGACGAAACGCGUAGUGGUCGAUUCGCGAUGAUGCCGAACGAGGACCCUGACUACGGAGGUUUCCCGAUUUGUGUCACGAUCCCGGCUCACACGAUGAUCGCCGAACUAGAGCUGUACUCCGUCGAGGCUGAGGAUGACGCUUAA